GGCUAGUGGCAGAGCUCUCCCGAGCGGGAAGCGGGCUCCUCUGCUCUCCCUCCCUGACUCCUUUUGAACUUGGUACAAGUUGGACAAGUCUUUCGGAAAAAGCCUUACUGCUUGAUGAGUGUGGUCCUCCCUCUUUGAGAAGAAAAAGGAACGAGAAGUUAAUGAAAUUUGCUUCUACUGAUGAAUUCAAGAAACUCCAGACUCCAUAGACCACUUUAGUUUCCUACUGAGGAUAAAUAAAGAAGAAAACGGAGAAGGAACAAAGCAUUGAUUAUAAAUGUCUUAAUAAUGAGCAAAUGUGGCAGGAAAAAAUAUAUUAAGACAAAUCUAAGACAAAUGACCAUGGAAACAAUUGAAUCUCAGCAGGAUGGAAGUGUAACAGAUUCUGUGGCAGAGAGCGAAUCUGCUCAUAUGCAGACCCAGACUGGUCAAAAUUCAGUCCCUACUUUAGCUCAGGUUUCUGUAGCUGGAUCAGGCACCGGAAGAGGCUCCCCCACUGUAACUCUAGUACAGUUACCUUCGGGCCAGACUGUACAUGUCCAAGGAGUAAUUCAGACACCACAGCCAUCGGUUAUUCAGUCACCACAGAUACAGACUGUUCAGGUAGCAACAAUUGCAGAGACAGAUGAGUCUGCAGAAUCAGAAGGUGUAAUUGAUUCUCAUAAACGUAGAGAAAUCCUUUCACGAAGACCCUCUUAUAGAAAAAUACUGAAUGAACUUUCCUCUGAUGUGCCUGGUGUUCCCAAGAUUGAAGAAGAAAAACCAGAGGAAGAAGGAACGCCACCUAACAUCGCUACCAUGGCAGUACCGACUAGCAUAUAUCAGACUAGCACGGGGCAAUACACUGCCACUGGUGACAUGCCGACUUACCAGAUCCGAGCUCCUACUACUGCUUUGCCUCAGGGAGUAGUGAUGGCUGCCUCGCCAGGAAGCUUGCACAGUCCCCAGCAACUGGCCGAAGAAGCAACCCGCAAACGAGAGCUGAGGCUAAUGAAAAACAGGGAAGCUGCCCGGGAGUGUCGCAGGAAGAAGAAAGAAUAUGUCAAAUGUCUUGAAAAUCGUGUGGCUGUGCUUGAAAACCAAAACAAGACUCUCAUUGAGGAACUCAAGGCCCUUAAAGAUCUUUAUUGCCAUAAAGCAGAGUAACUGUCUUUGACUUGGACCUUGUUUAUUAUGAACUCUAAUCAAGGCAGGAGAUGCAGCAAUUCUACUAAUUGCCAUGUGGACUCGUGGAAGGGACACUUGUGACCCUUAAGAAUCCAGUUUGGCUUAGUGUUUGACAUUGAAUUGGGAACGCUGUUCCAAGAUUUGGAAUGCAGCCAUGAUCACAUUUACAAAGCUUACUUCAGUCUGCUUGUCAAUAGCAUGCAAAAAAAAAAAUGUUUUGUUUGCCCUUUUGCUUCUACUUUUUUUCAGGGAAGCUGCUAAAGAAUGUCGACGUCGAAAGAAAGAAUAUGUAAAAUGUCUGGAGAGUCGAGUUGCAGUGCUGGAAGUUCAGAACAAGAAGCUCAUAGAGGAACUUGAAACUUUGAAAGACAUUUGCUCUCCUAAAACAGAUUAGUAGAAAUAUUUAACUAUGAACUGAUUACAACAUGUACAGUUGCUUUUGAAGGCAAUACAAUAUAUAGCCAGCAAGAAUUAUGGCUUUUUUCCUUUGUAUCAUUCAUCGUAUUCUCUAACCUCUGACAUUCCUAAAAUGCUUCACUGUACGUAGUUAACUCUUAGCUGUAACUUCAAUUUUUUUAAAAACAGACAAGCUGUAAAAAGAAAAAAAAUGUAUGUAACAAAUUCUUAAAAUGCAAUAUUUGUAAGACUUGCUCCAAUGCCACAUAUUUGCAGUUCCCAACCUCUGUGUCAUGAAUAGUGUCCUAUGCAAUAAAAUUUUUUGCAGGUCUUUAGAAAUCAUUUUAGGAAAGGAUGAUCAAAGAUAAUGCAUCCAGCAGUACAAUAAAAGCAAACCACAAAAAAAUACCUCAGGAAAGAAUUGAAAGAAAGAAUCGAAAGAAUCUAAUGACAUGCCUAUAUGAAAAUAAGAACCUAUAAAUGAAUUUAUGGCAUUUGCAGAUUUUUAUGUUUAGUUGCUUUGUAAAGAAAAUAUUGUAUUGUUGUCCUUGAAUGCCAUAGUUGAAGAGAGUUUUUAAUAGAACCAUGUUGGUUACACUUUGUAGUGUUUGGUGCUCAUUUAACUAUCUGAACAUUUACUACAGUUUUUACUCUAUUGUGUAAUAUAAAAGAUC